CAAAUACAAAGUUACACACUCAACAGUGUUAACAGCAAUGACUUAAAAUGGCGGACGACGUCGUGAUCCAACAAAGUGGCAGAUGGCGUUGUUAUCCGACUUAAAAUGGCAACAGCGUUCUCCUUCCUCCGUUCGUAAGUACGAGUUGUUCGUAAGUCGGACGUUCGUAACUCGGGAACUAUCUGUACUUGCAAUUUUCCAGUCCUUUGGUACCAUUCUAUAGUCCAAUGAUUUUUGAAAGAUCAUUGCUAAUGCCUCCACAAUCUUUACCACUACGUCUUUCAGAACCCUAAGAUGUAAUUCAUCUGAUCCGGGUGACUUAUGUACUUAUAGAUCCUUCAUCUUUUUGAGUUCCUUCUCCCUUGUAACAGUAAUUGCACUCACUUCUCUUCCUCACACCCUUUAACAUCUGGCACUCUGCCAGUGUCUCCUACAGUGAAAACUAAUGCAAAAUACUAAUUUUGUUCAUCUGACAUCUGCUUGUUCCCUGUUAUUAUUUCUUUGGCCUCAUUUUCUAGUGGUCCUAUAUCCACUCUCAUCUCUCUGUUUGUUUUUCUUUACAUACUUGACAAAGUUUUUACUAUUCUCUUUGAUAGCGUUUGCUAGCUUGCUUUCCUUUCCCUCCUAUUGAUUCUUCUAGUUGCUCUCUGUAGGUUGCUAAAAGCUUCCCAAUCCUCUAUCUUCCUGUCAAAUUUUUGCUUUGUUGUUUGCCCUCUCUUUUGCUCUUACAUUGAUUGGCUUUGACUUCCCUUGUCAGCCACAGUUGCAGUAUUUUGCCAUUUGAGUAUUUCUUCAUUUUUGGAAUACAUCUACACCUUCCUCAUUUUUCCCAGAAACUCAUGCCAUUGCUGUUCUGCUGUCAUCCCUGCCAACAUCUUCCAAUUUACUUCAGCCAACUCCUCACUUAUGCCACGAUAAUUUCCUUUACUCCACUGAAAUACUGCUAUGUCAGACUUUAUUUUCUCCCUAUGAGAUUUCAACUUGACCUCAAUCGUAUUGUGAUAACUGCCUCUUGGGGUUCUUUUACCUUAAGUUCCCUAAUGAUGUGCAGAAUGUGUUGCCAUAAAAUAGCUGCAAAAAUGAAUUGUCAUCUAGGUGGUAUCCUUAGCUUUGAAAGCUGUCACAUGGGUGAUUUUUAACACCUCUGACACUCUCUAUUCAAAUUAACCAAAUUUAACAUAAUUAAAUGUUAUAAUUUAACAUAAUUAAAUGAGGACCUGACUUAUCACUCUACCUUCCCGCUGGUCUCAUCUCAAUUCUGCAGCUUUGGCAAACAAUCAUGGGCAUCUUUUCACAAUUUGGCAUGAAAGUUGCAGUUGAGAAAAGUGUUGCAUGGGCCACUGCGGAUGCUUUCAGAGCUUCAAAGCAUGCCACUGUUAGCAAGAUCUCCAAGCACAAACCGAAAGUAUCCACCUUUAUCUAUCGAGAAAUUGGAAGAAGAAGCUAAUCGACGAAUGGCAGAUGACAACAAGCUUUUCAGAGAAGAAUUUAAUGCUCUCCCUGCAUGUCCAAUUCAGGCCACUUGCGAAGCUGCAUCGAAGGAAGAAAAUAAAGAGAAAAAUCGAUAUGUUAACAUCCUUCCUUAUGAUCACUCAAGGGUUCACUUGAUACCAAUAGAAGGUGUUCCAGAUUCUGACUUUAUCAAUGCUUCAUACAUAAAUGGCUAUCAAGAGAAAAACAAGUUUAUAGCCGCACAAGGGCCAAAAGAAGAAACUGUGAAUGAUUUCUGGAGGAUGAUAUGGGAGCAAAAUACUGCAACAAUUGUCAUGGUCACAAAUCUAAAAGAGCGGAAAGAGUGCAAAUGUGCGCAGUACUGGCCAGACCAGGGUUGUUGGACAUACGGGAACAUUCGAGUUUCUGUAGAAGACAUGAUGGUGUUAGUGGAUUACACCAUUCGCAAGUUCUGUAUUCAGCAAGUAGGAGAUGUGAUGAAUAAGAAACCUCAGAGGCUGGUUACUCAAUUCCACUUUACCAGUUGGCCUGAUUUUGGAGUACCGUUCACUCCAAUUGGCAUGCUAAAAUUUCUGAAGAAAGUGAAAACUUGCAAUCCAUCCUUUGCAGGUGCAAUUGUUGUGCACUGCAGUGCUGGGGUUGGUCGUACAGGCACUUUCAUUGUUAUUGAUGCCAUGUUGGAUAUGAUGCAUGCAGAGAGGAAGGUGGACGUAUUUGGAUUUGUGUCACGGAUUCGAGCUCAGAGGUGUCAGAUGGUUCAGACUGAUAUGCAGUAUGUAUUUAUAUAUCAAGCACUAUUGGAACAUUAUUUAUAUGGGGACACAGAACUGGAAGUGACUUCACUUGAAAGCCACUUGCAAAAGCUUUACAAUAGAGUAUCUGGAUCAGGCUGCAAUGGUCUAGAGGAAGAAUUCAAGAAACUGACAUCGAUCAAAAUUCAGAAUGAUAAGAUGAGAACGGGUAAUUUACCAGCCAACAUGAAGAAAAACAGAGUUCUUCAGAUCAUCCCAUAUGAAUUUAACCGAGUCAUCAUUCCUGUAAAGAGAGGUGAAGAAAACACAGAUUAUGUAAAUGCCUCUUUCAUUGAUGGAUAUCGACAGAAAGAUUCAUACAUAGCCAGUCAAGGACCUCUUCAGCAUACAAUAGAAGAUUUCUGGAGAAUGAUUUGGGAAUGGAAGUCGUGUUCCAUUGUUAUGUUAACAGAAUUAGAAGAAAGAGGCCAGGAGAAAUGUGCACAGUAUUGGCCAUCAGAAGGAACUGUAUCUUACGGCGAUAUUACAAUUGAAAUAAAAAAGGAAGAAGAAAGUGAAAGUUACACAGUGCGUGAUUUACUGGUGACAAACACACGGGAAAACAAAGUUCGCCAGAUCAGACAGUUUCAUUUUCAUGGUUGGCCUGAGGUGGGUAUUCCUGCUGAUGGAAAGGGAAUGAUCAACCUGAUUGCAGCAGUGCAGAAACAACAGCAGCAGUCAGGAAACCAUCCAAUCACUGUGCAUUGCAGUGCUGGAGCCGGAAGGACAGGAACUUUCUGUGCCCUGAGUACUGUUUUGGAAAGGGUGAAGGCUGAGGGUAUCUUGGAUGUAUUUCAGACAGUAAAGAGUCUACGGCUACAGAGACCACAUAUGGUCCAGACACUGGAACAGUAUGAAUUCUGCUACAAGGUUGUGCAAGAAUACAUUGAUGCAUUUUCGGAUUAUGCUAACUUCAAAUGAAAAAUGGCCUUCGUAAUAUUUUGUAAUAUUGUAUUUGUUAAUAUACUGAAAACCGUGUACAUAUCUAAUUGGUUUUAGAGGUUGGUACCAUAAAGCUUUCAUAUUAGCUUGAGAUUUUUUAUGUCGCAGAUGGUUAGCAUAUUAGUCUCAGUUAAGCAAUUUUAUUGAGUAAUGUGGCCUGAUGUUUGGAUUAAUGUUGAUGAGAUUUAUUUAGUAGCUGCUUCAAAGGGUAUUCAUUUGAAUUCAAAGGAGGAAGGACAGGAUUUUUUUUUUAAAAAAGGCAUCAUUACAAUAUCUGUGGUGUUGGUCAGUUGCUGUCCUCAAAUCUGAUUUAUUGUUGCCAGUGCUUUCUGUUUUCUCAUCUAUGAUAAAUAAUCAAGUUUGAAAUACCCUUCUGUUAUUAACCAAUCAGUGCCAUUUAGAUAUCAUACCAUUUACUUGGACCAUUCUCCUUCUCAGGCAUUUAGCAACUUUGUAAUUGUACACUUUAUAUUUUCAAUUUCAUACCAUUUUAUUUAUCUGAUUUGAGGUAGAAACAGUACUUUGAGUUAUGUAGAUAGCCAAAGUGACUUCAGAAACGCUUAAUGUGCUACUAUAUUGUAGAGAUGCUGACCUGUAAAAGGAAUACAAUAAGAAAAUACUGCUUUUAAAAAAAGCUUUUUUUUGGUGUGGAGCCUACAUUGGCUGAACUGAAAAGUACUGGAUAUCCUACCUGCAUUAUUUUUCCACAUAUCCCAAAAUCUGUGUAAUGUCCAGGUUUAAUUAUAAGUAACUUUGGUCUUGUAAAAUGAACACAUCUCUCUAACUGUUUUUGCAUUAAAAUACAUGGGACUUGUUAUAAAGUUCUGUACAAAUUUUAAAAAAAUGUGAGCUUUGGGAAAUAAAUUUGGAAAUAAAUUCUAGGACAAUAUAAAAGAAUAUUCUUUAGCCAAAGCCACUAUGUACUGUACAUAUGAGCUGUAACUUGAAGGGUAUUGGAUUGUUUGUUAUAUAUGUUUUUAAAAUCUACUUGUUUGAGCUUUUGUCUUAAUAAGUGGAAAAGUAACUGAAAUACUUUGUUGGAUGUUUUAAAGAUGUGAAAGAUUUGUCUGGGAUUACCAUCAUCCCUGAAUCACUGCUGCCCCAUUUCCUAAUUUUAUUCCCCAAUUAACACUCACCUUUGUACAAAAGGUGGGAAAAAUUAUAUUAGUAACUUGCACAAGACAGGAGGGUGGGGUGACAGAAAGAAGAGUUCAGUGAUUCACAUUAUCGUAUGUGUCAAAUCUGGACCAAAAUAAUCAGAUUAUUGUUUCAAAAAAUCUCAAUUUAGUUUUAAAAUUAAUAAUUGUUUUAAAAAGAAUAGUUGUUAAAUGUCUUUAGUUAGUCAUUUGCUCCUAACAAUUAUAUUUUUUCUUAAAAUGUACAAAUAACUGCAAUUUCUUAACCUGUAUUUAUUUUUUUAUGAUAAGGAGAAAAUUUGGUGGAUUUUUUUAAUUUUAUCUUUUAGUAGUUUAGGAGCACUCAUUGUUAGAUAAUCUAAAGUUGAGUCAUUGUUUAUUAAAAUAACUUAAAUAAUGACCUGUACAACAUACAGUGCACAGUCCCAUUAAGUUAUUUGAAAUUUUAAUCAUAUCACAUUUUGGGAAAACAUGGCACAGCUGUUUACCAGUUUCUCCAAUAGUGCAUUCAGUAGAUAGACUAUGGUAAUUUACUAUAUGUUAUAUGGAUUUAAUGUCAACUGCCUACCUUCAGUAAUUCUGAUAUCACUGACCACACUAGUAUAAAUGGGUAUUGUCUGAAUCCCUGACUCUUGAAACUUUGGUAUUUUGGGACAAUGGCUAAACUACAGCUAUAAUCAGAAUAAAUGUGCUCAUUUAAAAAAAAAAGAGGUUCAUUUGCUUCUCUUUUGUUUGGUUUAAAUAAAUUAAUAGAAAUUAACUUUC